AUGACACCCCCCUACCACCAUAUCAUCCAACUCCCCACCACCCCCAAAGUAAAUCCAUCCAGCAUCGACCCCACCACCAUCGCCCAAGAAUGGCUCGCCAAACUAAACACCCACCUGACCGGCAGCACCUUCAUUCCUCUUUCCAACCUCUUCCAUGAAGACAGCUGGUGGCGCGACAUGCUCGCCCUGGACUGGGAUUUCCACACCAUCCGAGGCUGUCCCAACAUCCAAAGCUACCUCGCGCAGCACCUUGCGCGUGUGCAACUGCAGAAUGCACGUCUUCGCGAUGAGGCAGAAACAAAGCCUGCCAUUGACACCCCGUUUCCUGGACUAACAUGGAUAACGGCGAUGUUCGGCUUCGAGACUCGCUUCGGUCACGGGCGCGGAGUGUUCUACCUUACUCCGACCGAGGAGGGAGGGUGGAAAGCCUACUCCGUAUAUACUGCGUUGCAGGAGCUGCACGGAGCGGAAGAGAAGGUAGGGCUGCGACGGCCACACGGCACGAUCGUGCCGGGCGGAGUUGCGCAGGGGAACUGGUUGGAGAGAAGGGAGCGCGACAAGGAAUUUGUAGACACUGAUCCCACGGUGUUGAUCGUCGGUGCAGGCCAGGCAGGACUCAAUUUAGCGGUUCGUCUGCAGACCCUCGGUCAGUCAUGUCUCGUCGUGGAGAAGAACGAGCGCGUGGGAGAUAACUGGAGAAAGCGAUAUCGGACCCUCAUCACCCACGACCACAUCGAAACAUGCCAUCUCGCCCACUUGCCCUUCCCCAAGACCUGGCCCAAGUAUCUUCCCAAAGAUAAGCUGGCAGACUGGCUCGAAUCCUACUCCACAAUCAUGGAGCUGAACGUGUGGACACAGACUACAGUCAAGUCGGCUGAGUUUGAUGAGGCUGUUGGGAAUUGGGUCAUUUGCCUCGUGCGAGACGGAGUCGAGCGUAUUCUACGUCCACGACACAUCGCAUGGUGCGCAGGACAUCUGGGCUUACCCAAGAUUCCCAGCUUCCCAGGGCAGGAGGAUUUCAAAGGGACAAUCUACCAUGCGAGUCAGCAUGUCGACGCCAGAGAAUUGGCCCCGCAAGGCAAGAAAGUGGUGGUAGUGGGGACCGGGAAUAGUGGCCACGACAUUGGGCAGGACUAUUACCAACAGGGAGCAGUCGUGACGAUGCUCCAGAGGGGUCCGACAUAUGUCCUCACUGAGGAGCACGGAUUGCCUUUAAUCCCAGAGAACCAUGGCAUCGACGAUGACAAUCGCCCUCCCCUCGACACGCAAGAUAUCCUCUCAGAAAGCCUGCCCUGGCCCAUCACCCUCGCCCUCUGCGUCGACCUCACCAAGCGCAUCUCCGCCGCUGACUCUGCCGUUCUCGAGGGCCUCCGAUCCAUCGACUUCCAACUAGACUUCGGCGUCGAUGGUGCCGGACUGUUACGCUCGCUGGUCUCCCGCGGUGGGGGAUACUACAUCGACUUCGGCUGCAGCCAGCUGCUGAUCGACCGCAAGAUCCACUUGCAUUCGUGUGCGGGCGGUAUUUCCUCUUUCGACCAAGGAGGGCUGCACCUCGCCGACGGCACUUAUCUGGCUGCAGACAUCGUGGUGCUGGCGACGGGGUACGCCAACAUGCGCGACUCGGUGCGCCACACGCUAGGGCCGAAGGUGGCCGACCAAUGCAAGGACGUAUGGGAUCUCGACGAGGAGGGGGAGAUACAGACGAUCUGGAGACCGAGCGGACAUCCCCAUUUGUGGCUUAUGGGCGGAAGCCUAUCGCUGUGUCGCAUUUAUUCCCGCUUUGUUGCACUGCAGAUUGCCGCCGCGGAGCUGGGGCUGACGGCGCAGUGA